AUGACCCGAUUUCAAAUAGCGUUGGCGGUUCUCCUUGGUUUUGCUGGUUUCGCAGCUACAGAAGGUAUUGACUGGACCUUUUGGAACGACGACGAUGAUGAUAAGGAUGAUUUUGUACCUGAUUCAUCGAAGACAAUGCCUCCUACAACGACAAUGACCUCGGGCAACAGCCACGAUAAAAGUGUCGUCAAAUCAACUUUUCGCAACUGGGUAGGUCCCUGGAGCAUGUCGCCCGAUACCGCGUGCUAUCGUGAAGCUCAUAUAAUGGACGUAUGUCCUGACAACUAUGAUCGCAAUGAAUUAACAAAUACUUGCUGGACAGAAUGCCCAGUACAGUAUCCCGUUGAGUGCGGCAUGGAAUGUAUCCGACAAAAUGACGACUGCGGACUUGAAGUGUCCAGCAAGGUUUCAGCUGUGGCGAUGACCAUUUUCAGCAGUGCCACCUUUGGCGUGUUUGGUGAGUUAUCCAAGCUGGGCAAGACAAUUUCACGGGCUGUUCAGUGCACCAACUCACUGAUGCUGGUGAUGAGAGGAGUAGUUCGAUACAUUCGUACCAUGAAGACAGAAGAUCCGCAAGCUUCGGAUCGAAAGCUGCUCAUUUUGCUUUACCAAACUGGUACCGUUGUCACGGACUUGCCUAUUGCCAUUACCGUUUGCUUGGGUAAAGCAGUGCCGCCAAACCUUCGAAAGACACAAUAUUUUGUGGCUACGGUGCAGUGGAUGUUAAUGCAAGCCAUCGCACAUGAUGAUAGUAUCAUUUCUAACUGGAAAAAGUUUAAGGGAUUCCUCACAGGAGCCAACUUUACCGAGGCUGCUGAAGAAAUUACGGAGAACGAAAUCUCAUCGCUCGAGACAGCCAUGAAGCAGAACUCGACCUGCGGAGGAGAUCUCACGUCCUUGACCGGACGAGUCUGGACGACAGUGAACGGGUACAGGGAAGACAACCCCGGUAUCACGGAUGACGAGAUUCGACUUAGAAUCAGUAAUUCAGAUCUCGUCAAGUACGAUGUGCCCACAGCGACUAACAACUGCAUGCCCCAAAUGGUCUCUGAAUCGAAUAUCGAGACUGCCUACCACACGCGCGAAACAUUACGCAAAACCUUCGGCGUUAUCAUCAACGACCUGAUAAAAUCUAGGAAAAGCGACAACGGGACGUCAUUGGAGGACAAGGAACGAGCAUACAAGGUAAUCGACAUGGCAUUUUCAACUCUCGCCGCGACGUUGAUCGAUCCCACGCGCAUCACGUUACUAUUAUCAGAGUUUAUCCAGACAAUCUGUGGUCCGACCCAGUUUAUGGGCGAGAUUGAUGACGGCAAAAAAGCUGCUACACUGGGCUUGAAUACAUUGGGGGAUGCCUUUAAAGGCAGCAAUAGCGUUUGGACAAAGAAGGGUGACGGUGUAGUCAUCAUUAAUUUCGCUAGCACUGACAACAAAGACGUGACCGUCAAUAUCAAGUCCGGCGGAGAUAAAGUUGUUAAGGUGGACGUCAGAGCUGGAGGCACUGUCGAGUGGAAGUCACACGUUGCAAAGUUGGGGGGCAAGACAUUGUACCUGGACCGUUGGCGUCCAGGUUUCCUUGGUUUGCCAGGUACAGGAGGUGGCUCCCUUUCUCUUUGGGUACCGAAAGCAUCUCAGGGAGGUCAUUUAGAGCUUGAUGUGAAAAUCAACGUAAGCUAG